CGGGAGAGAUAAAACGCCCUGUCGCCACGUGGAGAGAUUAAAAGACGAAAGAGUCCUCCAUUGCGCACCGUUUCGGCAACAACUACUGCUGUACACUGAAUACAUCAAAAGCUCAUCUUCCUCUCCGACUCCGAUCCUACCAUUUCUGAGGUGAAGACCAGAGAAAGUGAGAGAAAAGGCAAUAGCAAUCCAUGGGGGGUGGAGCAGAUCACGGACAUGGGGAGGCGGCCCACGGGGACUUUCGGGCCAAGGUGUGGAGCAUGACGGGCGGCCCAAACUGCAGGCCCAAGCACUGGCGCCGCAACACCGCCAUCGCCAUGGUCGGCGUCUUCCUCAUCUGCAUCCCCAUCGCGAUGAAGUCCGCCGAGCUCGAGCAACGACCACAUAAUCCUGUUCGCCCAAUUCCUUCACAGCUCUGGUGCAAGAACUUUGGAAAUAAAGACUACUAAAUCCGUCCUGGACCAUCAUGUGAAGAAGUAUUAAUGGAGGUUGGGUAUCGAAUUUCUUGCUGUUUGCUAGCAUUCCUUGUAGCUGUUGAUUGCAGAGAAUAUGGGCAGUCUUCUAAGACUUGCUUUGGUAAUGCUUUAUAAGAUAAGGAUCUAGGACACAGUGUGGGUUACCAUCUUAUUAUUUUAUUUAUGACAAAAAUAAGAUAGCUGUUUUGCUUGCUUUCAUUAAGAAAUAUAAGAUGGCCUUGCAAGUUCUGAUGUUGAAAA